AUGGGAAGGGCAGAGAAACCGGGCUUCAGCGUGGUGUCUCACGCUUAAGGUAGAGUGUAGGACAGAAAGCGGUGGCGUUUGUUUUUAACCUUAAUCUUUGGUCUCGCGUUCCGUCACACUUUUUCUCCACGCGUGUCUGUCAACUUUAGCUUCAACUUUUAAAACUCAAAGGAAGGCGCGAGACGGGAACUCGUGUUUGUUUACAAACAGGUCAUCUCCCCCGAAAGUUUUUAAAGGACGUUUGGGUCGAAGAACUUGCCUUCAACUUUUUAAAGACGUUUUAGUUGAGCUUGUCGGCUGCGGGUCGUAGUCAUGGAGAAAGGCGACUGUUGCACGGCAACAGAGGAGUACCCUCAUCCUUUUGUCUUCGAGGUGAAGCUGACCAGAGCGCAGAGGAUUAGGGGGCUCAUCCUGGGCAGCGUCCUCGUCCCUGUACGUGUCAUGCUGGCAGCCUUAUUCUUCCUCAUCAUGUGGCCCAUCGCCCGGCUAAGACUGGCCGGCCUUUCGGAAGAAGAGCGCGCCCGGCCCGUCACGGGCUGGCGCCGCUGGCUGUACCACCCCAUCAUCUUGCUCCUGAGCAGAGCCGUGUUCUUCUCCUUGGGCUUCCUGUGGGUCAAAGUAAAAGGUCGCAGGGCCGACCUGAAGGAGGCGCCGGUCCUGGUGGUGGCGCCCCACAGCGGCUUCCUGGACAUGCUGGUUCUGUGUCCGACCCAGCUGGCAACUGUUGUGUCGCGGUACGAGAACACGAAGCUGCCCGUCAUAGGAGCUCUGCUGGAGUUCAACCAGUCUGUGCUCGUGAGCAGGAAAGAUCCGGAGUCGAGAAAGAUGGCCGUUGCUAAGCUCAUCGAGAGGCUGACCUCUAAAGGCUACUGGCCCCAGAUGCUCAUGUUUCCAGAGGGAACCACGACUAAUGGCCGAGCGCUCAUCAAGUUCAAGCCUGGUGCCUUUGUCGCUGGAGUCCCUGUCCAACCAGUUCUUCUGCGCUACCCAAACAAAGUGGACACCGUUCGAUGGACAUAUAAAGGGGCGUCAUGGACCGAUUCAGUGUGGCACACUGCUUCACAGUUUUAUACAAACAUGACUGUUGAGUACCUGCCUGUUUAUAACCCGUCUGAGGAGGAGAAGAAGAACCCCAGCCUGUACGCUGACAACGUCCAGAAACUCAUGGCCAAGGCGUUAGGAGUCCCAGCCACAGACCAUGUGAUGGAGGGCAGGGUCCCUGUGAGCAAACUGGGGGGCCUGUCUCUACCGCUGGAACCUCCUGGCAGGGUAACGUUGUCUCUUCUGCGUAAAAAUGGACUGGAAACCCAUGAAAUCAAAGCGGCUCUGACCAAAAUGAUUGACAGGUGUCGGUGUGGAGCUCAGGGGUCAAAGGCCAGUGCAGAUGAGCUCACCUCUAUUCUCUCACUGAAGGAUAAACAAACAGCUGUCUCCAUCUGUGGCUUAUAUUCAAAGGAUGAAACGGUGGACCUCAGACAGCUUUACUUCAGCGUCUCGGCUCUUAGCGACUUCACAAACUUCAAGGCCCUGCUUCACUCUGCUUUUACACUGUUUGACCAGGAGUCGAAAGGCAGCCUAAGUGGGGAGGAGCUCUCAGACCUCAUGGGGGCGCUGCUUGGCAUCCCACAGCACAACACCAGUGACCUGUAUACCGAGGCCUCCAGUCAGGGGACGCUUACUGAAGAAAACCUGCUGCGAGUGCUGACGACCCAUCCGACCUAUCAGAAAGUGGUGAACGACUACCUGCAGGCCGAGGAGGAGGGGCCACAGCCGUCGCCCGCUGCUGCAGCAGCCAAUGGGAAGGCUGUGAACAGCAACGGCGUGACGCACGGCGCCAACGGGUUCCUACAACACAAGAAGCUUGAAUGAGCUUUUAGUUACUGGUGGUUCUCAUCUGACCGUUUUCCCCCCCCCGAUCACGUCGGGACCAAACAAACCCAAAGAGUUCUAUUUUUAUAUGUUUUAUGAUAUUUUUAGUCGAGCAUCAAUUGCACAAACGUGGAGAAACGCCCAAAGAGCAGGGGGAGCUUUCCUCCGAAGUGGCUCUGAGGGUUCGUAUGUUUACUGGUGUCUUUUUUAUAUAUAUCUUUCAAUAAGUACUUGUGUGUCAUUGGAGGUUAAUUUUACUAAAAGCAAAAAAUAAUUUAUAAAAAUAAAGGUGACUUCUGGACAGUGAUGUGUGUGCCAAAAUAACUAAACACUGUAAAUUUAUUGUGAUUCUUAAAGCUUGUGUUUUUGUUUUGUAUGUGUUUAUUUCAGAAAUAAACUGAUGUGUUUUAAGCUUG